UCAAACGCUGAUAGGUGUUCUUGUCCAUUGGGUCGGCUGUAUAUUCCCCUCAGUUAACGAUCAGAACAGAACUGAAAUGGAUCUGGACGGUGGUACAUAUGAGCCUGGGUUUGUUGGAAUCAGGUUCUGUCAAGAAUGUAACAACAUGUUGUACCCCAAAGAAGACAAGGAAAAUCGCAUUCUCCUUUAUGCCUGCAGAAAUUGUGACUAUCAGCAGGAGGCUGACAACAGCUGCAUAUAUGUCAACAAAAUUACACAUGAGAUUGAUGAACUAACCCAGAUCAUUGCAGAUGUAGCACAGGAUCCAACAUUGCCUCGAACAGAGGACCACCCAUGCCCCAAGUGUGGCCACAAGGAGGCAGUCUUUUUCCAGUCCCACAGUAUGAAGGCUGAGGAUGCCAUGCGACUGUAUUACGUCUGCACUGCUCCUCAUUGUGGACACCGCUGGACUGAAUAAGGGAGAGGAAAAGGAGGAAGAGGUCCACAGCGUCGACGCUCCAUCUCCUUUGUUAGAAGUGCACAAUUAAUCAUGCCUCAGAUUGGAUUGAAUUUAAAUUUGACAGUCCGUUUUUGGCCAGAUGUUUGUUUUGUUUCUUCUGCUCAUCAUUGGUCUCGUAGCCCUGGUUUUCCACAUGUCAGAAUGUAAAGUAUGUCAGGUCAGCAUGGUGCUAUAAGCCCAGCCACAGGACAGUAAUCAAUCUGUGUAUGAUCAGAUCUGGUAAUUUGUAUUGAAGGCUAAUAUUGAUAUCCUGAGAGCAGUUUACACACUCUAGGGAGUGAUGACCUUUUCAGUAGUAAUUUGCUUUUACUGAUGACACUGUA